AGUCGCUUGUUUAUGAUUUGAGUUUUUCGGCAGAAAAAAGGGCGGAAAAUGGAAAACCUAAUUCUUCCGAGUCCAAAUUUCAUCAAAGUCAUGUGGAAAGAGAGUGAAGAACAGUCGAUUAUUUUAAGGAUCAAGAUUUUGAAUUCAUGCGAAACUCAUUCUUCGAAUUCUGCGGUUAAUUUCAACUAAAUAGUAAUGUACUUCAAGUUUGCAGAGCAAUGACAGUAAGAACAAAGCAGGAGACCUUCCAAGAAAGUAUGAAGAACAGAUUUAUGGAUUUUGGGUAUGAAACCCAGAGGGUUCUCAGAUCAGUUGGACAUACAUAGAGUUCUAUUCACAUCAAGUGUAUGAAAAUCUUUAUGGAUUCUUUGAGGACUACAUCCUUUGUGCAGAACUUAGUCAAGCUUUUGCUUCGCCUACUCUGGAGUUUGCUACAUCUUGCAGUUAACGUAUGGUAUUUUGUGCUGGAUAUAGCUCAUAUGCUGCAAAGCUUUCUUAUCUCAAAUGGGUUAUUGAGGAAUUACAAAGUACUCAAUCUAAGUCGCCUUAGAUACCUGGCCAUUGUGGUUGACAGUGAAGAAGCUCAGCACACCUCAUGGGUUGUUGAGCUCUUGAACUGGUUGUCAGCUAUAGGUGUGAAGCAUGUCUGCCUUUAUGAUAUGAAGGGAGUGCUAAAGGAAUCAAAGGAAAUUAUAUUGAAGAAACUGGGUGUUGCAAUGCCAUGGGAGGUAGCUGAUGAAAGGAACUUGUUUCUAGAAAGAAAGCAUAUGGUUUUGGAAUUUGUUUCCUUCUCUGAUGGGAAAGAAGGGGUAGCUAAAGCAGCUAGCUUUCUUUGUUCUAAGUAUUUAAAAGGUGCUAGUAGAGGUGAAGAUCAGGAGCCAGUCUUCACGGAACCUGAAAUGACUAGUGCACUGAGAGCCGUAGGUUGUGGGGGGCCAGAACCUGACCUUCUUCUAAUAUAUGGGCCUGGAAGGUGCCACCUUGGAUUCCCAGCAUGGAGAUUGCGGUACACAGAGAUUGUGCAUAUGGGAUCAUUGAAAUCCAUGAACUAUGGUGCCAUGAUAAGAUCCAUUCGCAAGUUUACAAUGGUACAUCAGAACUAUGGUUCAUGAGGUGAGUGCUGAUAAUGGUGCAUUCAAGAAAGACUGUUGGAUUGGAUGGAUGAUGACAAAUCCUGGGGCAGUGAUCACAGGAAACAUCGAAGUAUCCAUGCCUGCACACAAGUGAAGCUACAAGUUUUUUGCGAAAUCAGGAGGCUAGAGUUGAAUUGGCAUAUUUUUCCAUUUUGGUUUAUAGUCAAUGGUAUAUCUGUGAUUUUCAUGGAAGGGGAACCAUUGUUUGUCGUUCCCAAUACUAGCCUUUUCUGUGUUAUUUUAUCAUCUAUACAGUCAGAAUCCUCUAUUGGAUGGACUCUAUCCAAGCCCUUUAUCUUUAAUAAUAUAAUUGAUUUUCUGUUUUGUAUCA